AUGGAAGAAUGGACAGGCAGGAUUAAUGCUGACUACAACAGUCGGGAGGACCCUGUACAGAAUGGAGGACUUGGACUGACGUUUGAAGAGCAGCUGGGAUCUCAGAACACAGUGAUGAAGAGAAAGUGCAUUCCAAGUAGACGCCUACUCAGUCCACCGCGGGCUCGCACCCGGCCGCCAGGGUUUCCUGCGCUGGAGCUGAGCGAUCCGUUGGUGUUUUACCUGGAGGCUUCGCUGGCUGACUCCAUCUUCGGCCCAGACCAUGCCAGAAUUCCAGAAACGGAGUGGAUGAGCCAGGCCCUGCUGAUAGUGGACACAGUCAACCCCGGCAACUUAGUCGAAAUCACCAUCUUUGGACAGUCCAUUGUACAAAAUUGGGUGAAGAGCCUGCUCCUGAGCCUGGCAUCCUGUCACCCGGAACAUCGUGCCCGAGUUGCGAAGAUGGAACAACCGGAGGAGUUCUUGAAGGCCCUUGCAUCACGUCCAGGCUCCCCAGCAUCCUGUUGCAUAAGUAUUGUCAGGAGCAUUAUGAGAACAGUCGUGCUCCAACAUCUAAAGUUCAAGAGCAGCAAGUAUUCACAACCUCUACAUUCUUUUUUCCUGAUUCUCGAUGGGUAG